UCACAGAAGAGCUAGUCAGAAGGAAGGCAGAACAUAAUGAAAGGGAGAUAUUCAGUCUUGAGGAAUUAUCAUUACAUCAGGAAAACAUUGAAAGAAUUGAAAAUCUAGAUAAAUGGUGUAGACAACUUAAAAUAUUAUAUCUGCAGAGUAAUCUUAUACCAAGAAUAGAAAAUGUGGGAAGAUUAAAGAAACUUGAAUAUCUAAAUUUUAGCACUAAAAUAAUUUGUAAAAAUCACAUGUUUUUACUUUUUCAGAAUUAUGGAGUGAUAAAAGCUAGAAUUAUAGCUCAGCAAAUUGAGUACAGAAAACAGAGAGCAAAGGAAAAGGAAGAGGCAAGAUUAGAAGAGGAAAAAGAAAGGUUAGAGAAGGAAGCAGAUGAAAGGGAAGAGAAAGAGAAAAAUCCUGGAUUUGAUGGCAGAUGGUACACUGAUAUUAAUCAAGAAGAUAAAGUAGCUAAGGCUAAAAGAGAAGCAGAACAACUAGAAAAAGAGCAUGCCAAAGAUAAAGAAUUCUGGGAAUCAAAGUCAGUGUUUAGUCCUGAGGAAAGAAUCAGAUCUCAUAAAAAGCAAGAAGAACAAAAGGACAGAGAGAGAAAAAAAGAAGAGGCUAAAAACCCGCCAAAACCUCCUCGUCGACUGUUUAAUGAAGAAGGCAGAGCUCUUAAUGUAAAUGAAUCAAAGAUAGAUUUUAAACUGACAGAAGAUGAAACUGGCAAUAACUACCUUCUUGAUUAUCAAUGUUACAAAUAUUUAGAAACCUCUCUCAUAGAUGUAGAUGUUCAACCAAGUUAUGUCAGAAUCAAAACAAAAGGAAAGAUAUUCCAAACUGGCACAGAUCAGGAGGUGAAAUGCUGCUCCAGUAAAUGUGAGAGAUCUAAAAUAACAGGACACCUUCUUGAUCAUGGCCAAAAGAUCACAACUUUUAUAGGAGGGUAUUUUUUAUUACAGGCAAAGCAGAUUGUAAAACCUGCCGUUAAACCUUCCAACAAAGGAGAUAAUAAAGAAAAUGUUAACAAUAAUGAGAAGAAGAAAUUUAGUAAAACACACGAAAAGUUAGAAGUGGAUGAAAAGGCAAGAAAAACUGUUGACAUUGGAGGAAUUGUAAAGGAAAAGUCAGACAAUAUUGUACCACCUCUUGGAUCUAAGCCAUUGUGUAGGACAAAAGUUGAAAGACCAAACAGUGAGGACUUUGUAGACAAUCCUGAUGUUCCACCAUUAGAAUGAUCAUGUAGUACUAGUUGCAAUGGAUAUUAUGAGUGUUCUUUUUAUGAAUCUGAAAAGGAAAGUAUUUUUGAAGCCAGAAAUGACUUAAAUGAAUGGAUCUGAAAAGGGAAGUGUUAUUGAAAUAGUAAAUGUUUGCAUUGAAAAAAGAAUAUAUAACAACAAAGUUGUUGAUAAAAAAUAUGUUGUAAGUGAAAAUUGUGAUAUGUGUUCAAGUUAUGAUAUUGAAAGAUAGUAUUAAAUCAGACAUUUUCAAUGCUAGAGAUAUUGACUAUGAAUUAUUACAAUGUCAUAUGCAUUACAGAGGUUAUUUGUGUUUUUGUUUUAUAAAUACAUGUAACAAUAUAUUUAUUUAUAUAUUUAUCUUUAUACAUGUUUUUAUUUUGAGGUUGUCAUAUUGCUUUUUUUCCAUUUUUAAAGAUUCAGAGAAGAUCUGAUUUCUCACUAGAAUGUUUUAAAUAUUUCUGAUACAAUGGGCAACCAUUGUACAUCAGUGUAAACAUAUGUUAUUCGUCAUAUACAAGAACAAAUUUUACAUAAUAAUAAUCAGUUCAAAAAAGGAUUAGACUGGAAGCAACGCAUUGCUUAUUGGAGUCUUUUUCUAACCACUGUACAUUGAUAAACCUAGAAUGUGUUUAUAGUGUGAAUAUAUCCUUUGAUUAUACAAAUAUGAUCACACUUUCAUUUGCCCUUUAACUGUAUCUUAUGAAAUCCAGCAGUCAUUUUCACCAAAGUACAAUUUAUCUUUAGUAAGUUAUUUUCACAAGUUUUUUUCUAAUGAAAAAAAAUUGAGACAUGUUUUGUGAUAAGGGAUACAGUAUUCUUGUUUUGGAUAAAAAAUGAGGGAAACACAAUUACUAGUACUUCCUUUUGCAUUUGGUUUAUACUAGUUGUAACUAUGUGUCUCUAGUGUUACUGCUUAUAUGCUAUAUCCGUCCAUUCUUUGAAAACAUUUACCAUUGUAUUCUUCCAUUGAUCUCUGCUGUUGCUUUCAUAACCUGGUGCCACAUGGAGUUUAAAAACUUACAUGUCACAUGCAAUCACCACGUCACCAUAAUGCAAUAACUGAUUAACUCAUAUUGAAUUUAGCAGGAUUUUUAGCUCACCUGUCACAAAGUGACAGGGUGAGCUUUUGUGAUCGCUUUUCGUCCGGCGUCCGUCCGUCCGUCCGUCGUCCGUCCGUAAACUUUUACUUUAAAUGACAUCUCCUCAUAAACCACUAAGCCAAUUUCAUCCAAACUUCACAGGAAUGUUCCUUUGGUGGUCACCUUUAAAAAUUGUUCAAAGAAUUUAAUUCCAUGCAGAUCUCUGGUUGCCAUAGCAACCGAAAGAAAAAACUUUAAAUAUCUUCUUUUAAAGAACCCAAAGAGCUAGAGCUUAGAUAUUUGGCAUGAAACAUCUUCUAGUGAGUGUCUACCAAGUUUGUUCAAAUAAAAGCCCUGGGGUCAAAAUUGGCCCCGCCCCGGGGGGUCAUUGAUUUUCCCUAUAUGCAUAUAGUUAAAAACUUAAAAAAUCUUCUUUUAAAGAACCUAAAGAGCUAGAGCUAAGAUAUUUAGCAUGAAA